UUAUGUAUGGCCAACAUAAAAACCAAAAGCCAACCCAUCAGCAACACAACCCGAAUACCACAACCACACCAUGUGGGCAGUGUCCUACCCGCCCCCGCCACCACCAUCUCAACCUCUCAUCCCCAAACCACCUCCGACGUACCCCAUCCGCCUCUCUAUUGUCGCCAAGUCUCAGCCGCCAUCCCAAGACCUCAGAGGCUUAGGUCGAUCAAUCCUCACAAAACUCAAAUCCAAUCCCAACCCAAAAUUACAAGGAAAGCAAAAGCAAGAUGAAGAGGAUAAGAAGGUAAUUAGUGGGUCGGAUGUGCUUUCCGCCAUGCAGAGAGCAGCGGCGAAGAAAAACAGAGAGAGCGUUAAGAAAAAGAAGAAGGCACCGCCGUCGUCGUCGUCAUCCUAUGCGGGCAGUCACAGGGAAGAAGAAGGUGUGGACGAGUAUGGCAACGUGAGGCCCUUGUGUGUGAAAAGCGAGUGGGGUAGUAGGUUGGAUGAGUUGGGAAAACGCCUUAAAGAGCUUUCUUCCAAGGCCCCUUGAGGCUGGAAUUAUGCCCAUCUAUGUAUUCCUAAUUUUUAGUGUGAAUUAUAUUAUUUGUUAACCUUUACUUAUUUUCAUGCACAAAAAUUGAGUGCGUGAUUUGGUUUGGUUUGAUUUGCUCUAAACUUCAAAUUUGUAGCAUAAAUAAAUUAAACUUAUCAAUUAAUACACCAUAUAA